AAUUGAGCUAUAGAACACAAUACGGGCAAUAGAUGCACAUAGACCAACAAUGAGGACAGUGCAGCUAGAGGCUCUAAUACUUCUUGCUCCAGCAAUUACCCCGGUCCUUGCUGCUUCAGACUCAUCUCGACCGCGGGGUGUAGGUCCUGAAUUUGCAAAGUUCUUCAAAGAUGCAAACACAUUCACUUGCAUCUCGAGUCCGUCUGUCAAGAUUCCUUUCUCCCGCGUCAACGACGACUACUGCGACUGCCCGGACGGCUCUGAUGAGCCAGGCACUUCCGCGUGCUCCUAUAUCUCGCCCUUGUCGCCUCCCACCGUCGAAGAGAACACCUCACUAGCCCUACCUGGCUUCUACUGUAAGAACAAGGGUCAUUUGCCUGCAUAUGUACCAUUUACGAACGUCAAUGACGGUAUAUGUGACUACGAACAAUGUUGUGAUGGCAGUGAAGAGUGGGAGGGUGUCGGAGGCGUGAAGUGCGAGGACAAAUGCAAAGAGAUUGGCAAGGAGUGGAGGAAACUAGACGAUGCCCGGCAAAAGUCGUUGAACAAUGCAAAUCGCAAGCGAAAGGAGCUCGUAACUGAAGCCGCGCGGUUGCGCAAAGAGGUGGAAGAUAGGCUUCAAACGCUGGCCACUGAGAUUCAAGGAUCAGAGCUCAAGGUUAGCGGGCUUGAAAAGGAGCUCACUGACAUCGAGCGCGCCGAGAAAGGCAAGGUUAUCAGAGGAGCGGGCAAGGGUGGAAGAAUGACUGUUCUGAUCUCACUCGCAAAGGGACGGACAGAAGAGCUGAGAAGUCAAUUGGAGAAGACGCGAACAGAACGAAAUGACUUGAAAAAAAGAAUCGUGGAUCUUGAAUCGAUCUUGACUCAAUUCAAGGUCGAGUACAAUCCAAACUUUAAUGACGAAGGCGUCAAAAGCGCUGUCAGAAGAUGGGAGGACUAUGCUGCCAAAGACCAUCCCAAAGACGACCCUACUCGCGAAGCCGACCUAGAUGAAAUCCUUGAACCAGACGAAUCUCACGGUCUGACCUGGGCAGACUAUGAGAAAGAUGACGAGGAAUCCGAUGUCGACGUCCUCUAUCAAUUCGAAAAAUAUCUCCCCGCCUCCCUUCGCACCUGGAUUGACCAGAAACUCCGCGACCUACGCAUCAUGCUCAUCGAGAACGGCAUCCUCGCCUCUCCCGCCGCAGAAGGCGACGAGCCGCAAGCCAUCAAAGACGCGCGCGAGCGCCUCAAGUCCGCACAAGAUGAUCUCAAAAAGAAUCGCGACGAGCUCGAAAAGCACAAAGCAGAUCUUGACACAGACUACGGCCCAGCCGAGGUCUUCCGCGCGCUCAAGUCCAAAUGUGUCUCUCACGAAUCUGGCGAGUACACCUACGAGGUCUGCUACCUGGAUAAGACGAAGCAGAUCCCCAGAAAAGGAGGUGCGCAUACGGGCAUGGGGAAUUUCGUGCGUAUCGAGAAGAUCAUGGUGGACGACGAGCUACCGCCAGACGGCAAGGGGCUUGGCAGUGGGGAAAGAUGGGCAUUGAAGUAUGAAAACGGCAAUCACUGCUGGAACGGACCGAACCGCAGUACGCUUGUCGUGCUGGCUUGUGCGGACAGCGAUGAGGUGUGGAAGACGGUCGAGGAAGAGAAGUGCGUGUACAGAAUGGAGGUGGGCACACCGGCGGUGUGUGAAGGGGCGAAAAAGGCAGAUGAUGAGAGAGCAAAGGAUGAAUUGUGAUGGACUGUAUCACCUCAUAACAAGACGAAGAUCUAUGGAAGGGGCCGAGGGAUGUGUUCGCAACACCUAGCGAUCAUGACGAAUCUCAAACGCUCACAAUUUUGGGGACAGAUAAAGAGUGUCUGCGGAUAGAGCAAUUUUAGAUACUUACUACAGGCAUAUAAAGCAUCAGUUUUGAGUCUCAUCG